AUGUCAAAAGUUCCAGCAAUUUAUCAAUUGGGUCAUUUACCUAUAAAAGAUCAUGUUUUUUCACCAGAUCGUUCCCUUUUAGCAAUUACAAAAGAAAAUGAAAUUGAAUUAUAUAAAGUUAAUAAAUCAAAUUUAUCAUUAAAACCAACUUUAAUUACAACUUUAAAAGGUCAUGAUAAAACAGUAACAAGUGUUGAUUUUUCACCUGAUGGGUCCAAAAUUUUAACUUGUUCACAAGAUAGAAAUGCAUUAGUUUGGGAAAAAUCUCAUGGAUCAAAUGAAUAUAAACCUACAUUAGUCUUAUUAAGAAUUAAUCGUGCUGCUACUGUUUGUAAAUGGUCACCAGAUGGUAAUAAAUUUGCAGUCGGUUCAAGUGAUAGAAUUAUUGCAAUUUGUUAUUAUGAAGCAGAAAAUGAUUGGUGGAUUUCAAAACAUUUAAAAAAACCUAUAAAAUCAACUAUAACAAGUUUAGAUUGGCAUCCAAAUGGAGUAUUAUUAGCUUCAGGUUCAACUGAUGGUCAUGUUAGAGUAUUUUCUGCUUAUAUAAAAGGAAUUGAUUCAAAACCUGAACCUUCCGUAUGGGGUACUAAAUUACCUUUUCAAACAUUAUGUGGAGAUUUUACAAAUGAAACUUUAGCAUGGAUUCAUGGUGUUAAAUUUAAUCCUAAUGGUGAUGCAUUAGCUUGGGUAAGUCAUGAUUCUUCAAUUGGUAUAGUUUAUCCACAAGGUGAAAAUUUAGAACCAAAAUCUAUAUUAAAUUUAAAAACAAAUUAUUUACCUUUUAAAUCUAUAGUUUGGAUUUCAGAUGAUUCAAUUGUUGUUGGUGGGUUUAAUUGUAAUUUGGUUGUAUAUAAAGGAAAUGAAUCAAAUUGGUCAGAAUCUUAUCAAAUUGAAGAACAAAAAGAUUUAACAAAAGAUACAACUACAACAGUAGAUGAUGAUGAAGAUCAAGAAAUUUCAUCUCAUCAAGCUUUAAAUAUGUUUAAACAAAUGGAUUUAAAAGGAAGAGCUAAAUCUCAAAAUUCUUCUAAUAAAGUGGGAGGUGGAAAAGCUUUAUCUACAAUUCAUCAAAAUACUAUUUCUAGUAUUAAAAAUUUUUCAAAUGAUAAAGUUUCAACUUCUGGAAUUGAUGGGAAAGUUGUUAUCUUUAAUGUAUAG